AAUAGAGAUCAAAGAGAACAAUUAUUUUCAUGGAAAAUGAGAUGAACCGAGGACAUAGAAAAUGGAUCAGAAGAAUGUUUCAUCUUACAACUCAAUUCAAAUAGGGAAAAGCUGUUCGCGAGCAAAGGAAGAGCGUGCUGUCGUGGCAGGAACAACGGCGCUGUCUUUGGGAAUCGAUUCAAUCGCAGCGGCCGGGAGGAUGCGCCGCUCGUACGUGGUCCGCCCGAGGAAGAAGCUCGCGUGCAACACGGGGCGGAGGACUCGGCGCGAAGCCACCUGCGCCGGGCGGGAUCUGACGCCCGCCACCGGACGCUGGGGCCAGCCUGGCGGCUUUCGCUCGCGCCGCACCCACCCUCUUCCCUCCUACCAACCUGUUUCCCGAACUCCCUAUCCGCAUUUCUGCCUAUUCGCCUAUUUCCCUAUCUCGCUCAACCCUCUAUCCGCCUAA